CCCAGCAUCCCCACCUCACCUCUACAGAACCUGGGAGGAAGAGGUCUCGCGCUGUCCCCGAGGCUGCGUCUUGCGCCCCUCGUCGUGCGCAGGCGCGGACGAGUCGUACGCAUUCUACGUAACUGACGGUGACGGCUCGUUGGGGAGUGGAUAGCGGGCUUGAGCUACCUACGCGGUCAGGGUGCUGCAGGAGGAACUGCACGUAAGACCGCCUCGAAGGUGAAAGCAGCGGACAGGCUGAGAGGCAGGCGGGUUGGAAGUAUCCACUAUAGGAGCGCCGGGCCGGAUUUUGACCUCGGGUGCAGCUUAUUUUUAAGGUGAGAUGAAAGCCUUCUGUGCUUUCUGUAUUGUCCUUUUGGUGUUUGGAAGUGUCUCUGAAGCCAAGUUUGAUGACUUUGAAGAUGAGGAUGACAUAGUAGAAUAUGAUGAUAAUGACUUUGCUGAAUUUGAGGAUGUCGUGGAAGAUUCUGUUACUGAAUCUCCUCAGCGGUUGAUAACCACUGAAGAUGAUGAAGAUGAGACCACUGUGGAAUUGGAAGGGCAGGAUGAAAACCAAGAAGGAGAUUUUGAAGAUGCAGAUACACAGGAGGGGGAUACUGAGAGUGAGCCAUAUGAUGAUGAAGAAUUUGAAGGUUAUGAAGACAAACCAGAUACUUCAUCUAGCAAAAAUAAGGACCCAAUAACAAUUGUUGAUGUUCCUGCACACCUCCAGAACAGUUGGGAGAGUUAUUACCUAGAAAUUUUGAUGGUGACUGGUCUGCUUGCCUAUAUCAUGAACUAUAUCAUUGGGAAGAAUAAAAAUAGUCGCCUUGCUCAGGCCUGGUUUAACACUCAUAGAGAGCUUUUGGAGAACAACUUUACCUUAGUAGGGGAUGAUGGAACUAACAAAGAAGCCACAAGCACAGGAAAAUUGAACCAGGAGAAUGAGCACAUCUAUAACCUAUGGUGUUCUGGUCGAGUGUGCUGUGAGGGCAUGCUUAUCCAGCUUAGAUUCCUGAAGAGACAAGAUUUACUGAAUGUCCUGGCUCGGAUGAUGAGGCCAGUGAGCGAUCAAGUGCAAAUAAAAGUAACCAUGAAUGAUGAUGACAUGGAUACAUAUGUAUUUGCUGUUGGAACACGAAAGGCUUUGGUGCGACUGCAGAAGGAGAUGCAAGAUCUGAGUGAAUUUUGUAGUGACAAACCUAAGUCUGGAGCAAAAUAUGGGCUGCCAGACUCUUUGGCCAUCCUAUCAGAGAUGGGAGAAGUCACAGAGGGAAUGAUGGAUACAAAGAUGGUUCACUUUCUUACACACUAUGCUGACAAGAUUGAAUCUGUUCAUUUUUCAGACCAGUUCUCUGGUCCAAAAAUUAUGCAAGAGGAAGGUCAGCCUUUAAAGCUACCUGACACUAAGCGGACAUUAUUGUUUACAUUUAAUGUGCCUGGCUCAGGUAACACUUAUCCAAAGGAUAUGGAGGCUUUGCUACCCCUUAUGAACAUGGUGAUUUAUUCUAUUGACAAAGCCAAAAAGUUCCGACUCAACAGAGAAGGCAAACAAAAAGCAGAUAAGAACCGUGCACGAGUAGAAGAGAACUUCUUAAAGCUGACACAUGUGCAGAGACAGGAAGCUGCACAGUCUCGUCGUGAGGAGAAAAAGAGAGCAGAGAAGGAGCGAAUCAUGAAUGAAGAAGAUCCAGAGAAACAACGCAGACUGGAGGAAGCUGCUUUGCGGCGUGAGCAAAAGAAGCUGGAGAAGAAGCAGAUGAAAAUGAAACAAAUCAAAGUGAAAGCCAUGUAAAGAAAUCCCAGAGAUCUGAGUCCUAAUGCCACCUGUAAGCUCUGAGUUUAUGGAAAAACUAAAAACCCGAGUCCAUCUCAUCUUAAACUUCAAACACUCUUGGCAGUUGGGAAAUCCUAUUUCAUCAUCUAUUCUGCUGUUGGUUUGAAGUUUUACCAAGGUUGUAGAUACAUUGAAAGGACUCUUAUUUCUGUACUUUUGUUCUACAUAAGCAAAUUAUUUUGACUAUUUUGUAAAAGUGAUAUAUAAAACAUGUAGUUUUAAAAUAUUUAAAAUUAUAACAUGAAUCAGUGCUUUUAGUACUUCAGUGUUUGAAAAAUAUGAAUUCAUGGGUAAUUAGGUAGUUGCUUUUUGUUUAAACUAGGCAGUUGGAACAGCUAUGGAAAUUGACACUUAAGCCAAGAUUCCACAAAUAAUUAUUGGAAUUGCACAAUAAACAUUGCUUGGUGUUUUCUUCUGUGUCUACAUUAAAC